AUGAGCGACAAGCCUUUGCCCUUUUUCUACCAGUUCAUCUCUGGUGCCGUCGCCGGUAUCUCGGAAAUCCUGACCAUGUACCCUCUGGACGUGGUCAAGACCCGUAUGCAGCUGCAGACAGCUGCUCCAGGCUCCCCUGGUGCCUACACUAGCAUGGUGGACUGCUUUGCCAAGAUCAUCAAGCAGGAGGGCCCCUCCCGUCUCUACAAGGGCAUCAGCGCCCCUAUCCUUAUGGAGGCACCUAAGCGUGCCGUGAAGUUCUCUGCCAACGAUGAAUGGGGCAAAUUCUACCGCAACCUGUUUGGCGUUACCACCACAACCCAGCCUCUGGCUGUUCUUACCGGUGCUACUGCUGGUGCUACUGAGUCGUUCGUGGUCGUUCCCUUCGAGUUGGUUAAAAUCCGUCUCCAAGACAAGGCCUCCACCUACACUGGCCCUGCCGAUGUUGUGAAGAAGCUUGUGCAGUCUGAGGGCUUGCUUGCUUUGUACAAUGGCCUUGAGGCCACCUUGUGGCGCCACGUUUCUUGGAACGCUGGCUACUUUGGCUGCAUUUUCCAGGUCCGCCAGCUUCUGCCCACCGCUACUUCCAAGAGGCAGACUAUCACCAACGAUCUGAUUGCCGGUAGUGUUGGUGGAACCGUUGGUACUUUGGUCAACACUCCCUUUGACGUCGUCAAGUCCCGUAUUCAGAGCACCGUCAAGGUUCCUGGUGUCACACCCAAGUACAAUUGGACCAUCCCCAGUGUUGUCACUGUCUUCCGUGAGGAGGGCUUUGCUGCUCUUUACAAGGGAUUCUUGCCUAAGGUGCUCCGUCUCGGCCCUGGCGGUGGUAUUCUGCUUGUUGUUUACACUGGCUGCAUGGACUUCUUCCGCGCUCGGGUUUACAAGAACUAAAACGACAA